CUUGCUAGGAGGAGAUGCACGGAGGAAGCGAGCAACAAGUGCUGGCACUUAGGCACUCCGGGGAGCUCGCACCAGCAGCGGGCUGCGGUGGCUCCUUGCCGCCCGCCCUCCCUCUCUGGCACACAUGUAACACGAAACUUCCUAUCUCCAGGACAACCAAUAACAAAAAAAAGGCAGAGACAACAGCUGGCUGUCAGCAGCAGAGCAGAGAGGAGCCGAGCGAGGAGCGAGACACAAGCCAGGAUGAGGGGAGAGAUGACGUGAAAGUUUAAGAAGACAGAAAGAAAAACAAGAGGAGAAGAAGAGUUCGUGGCGCCGCUGGGAAAUCCCAAAGCAGUGAGAGCCCUUGGAACCAGUGUGCAGGAAGUACAGUCGAGCAGAAAAACAUUUGCUUCCUCACAGCCAAGAGCAGAAAACACAAAUCUCUUCACCUCUGCCUGCACCGCCAUCUCUUGGAAUGGAAACAAAACUAGAAACCUGCUGACACAGAAUCCCACAGCACUGUGCAAAGGAUAAAGCAGCCAUUUCUGGAGCAGCUCAUUUAGGCAUACAGCCUGGAGAGGUUGAGCCAGAAUGUCUUCUGAAGGCUUUCUAAAGGAAAUGCAAACCAUUGGUGAGAAGUUUCUCCUUAAGCUCCAGAAACUGCCCAAGGCUGACCCGGUGGAGAUUGUGUCCUUUUGUGUGGUUCUUCUGUUUAUUGUUACUGUUCUGCUGCUCAUGAUCAUUGCGUGCAGUUGCUGCUGCUAUAGCUGCUGUAGCUGCGACGGACGUACUGACCACAGACGUAGGAAGAUCCAAGUCCGCCCAAUUGCCCAUUCAUGAAGUGCAACAAGAGGUGACACAACCUACUACCGAGGACAUGCAUGGACAUCAUGAUUCAGUCCUAUGGGAGUGACUUUCUACACUAGCUCACUGAAAAUGGCAAUAACAAUAUUAAUUAAUAUGACUCAGAGGACCAGAAAUCACAGCAUGGAAUUCCUUCUUUCUGUGACAACCACUACUGGGCUCUGUGGUGUGACCAGAAAGGUAAAGCUACUUUACCAUCACUGUCUCCCUCUUCUGGGGUGUGUGUGGGGGUGGUGUGCAUGGACACAUGCUGCUGAGAAAACAGACACGCUUUCCCAAUGACAGCCCUGCAGCUGGGGCAGCCAAGGAUUCCCUUUGUGAGCAUGGAGCCACAGACCAAAGCAGAGAACACGUACACUGCCACAUGCUAGGCAGUGCCUACUCUCUUCACAAGUGGCUAAUCCACAAGGAUGAUGCUGGGCACUAGCAAAACCCACUGACAUCACUGGGAAGUCCAUAUGCUCAAUACAUCUUGGAUCAAGCCCAAACCUGCUCUCUCUAAAGCCACCUGCAACAGACACGUUUAGGUGAGAUGUCUGCUGAAAACAACAAAUUGUGGACCUUCUGAUCCAGAUGUGCCGGCUGAGGCUCUGAGUACAGCUGGUAACAAAUGCUCCCUGCUUUAUUUCAUUGGUGUUGCAAUGAUGUGAAAUUGCCAAAGAGAAAAAUCAGAUCACGUGCAAUACCCUUUGUAAGCAGAAAGAUGAAAGCAAAAGGGAAAAACUCACCAAUGCUGUGGCUUAAUUUGAUCAUUCUGCUGCUGAACAUGCUCCCUCCCCACCCCCCACCAUGGUUCUGCUCUUCUGCUUAUUGCAGGUGAAUGGUUCUUACAGAGCAUUGGAGUUACAGGAGAUGAACAAAUCCCUAUCCUUACUUGAGGGACCUGUGUGCCUGACUCCCUGCACUGUGUGCAGUUUAUUUUAGUGGACAUAAACAUUAUGCUUAAGGUAUGUUUAUUAGCAUACACAAAGGCAUUUCAGAGGAGUGACAUACAGUACGGUAAUUGUCACUUCUGGCUAUACAAGCAGCAGCUGACAGCGGGCAUUGUGACAAAGCAGAGCGAAGAAUGGGUUGUAUGGCUGAAGUUAACAAGUGCAAAUAAAUCCCUUUUCCAUGCUGCAGCCACUGUGUAUGUUUGGUUUACACUUCGGUGAACUUCAGAAAGGGAUUUAUGUAAGUACAAGGCUAUGGCGGAGGUCACGACUUUCAUAACUGGGACAGCCAAACAGAAGACCAUCGUACUGCAGCUAACUCUGUAAGCCACUGGUCCUUCAGCCCCAAAUGUGAAACCAACCACCUUUAUGAGAAGGCAACUUCCAUGCUAGCUCUACAAGUCUCCAGGUGCGGUAAGGAGGUCCCUCACCACAGGCUAAGCUCUCUUGGAGAGUGUGCAGAGAAGGCACCAGAAGAAACAUCGACUACAAACACAACAGCUUCAGCAGGCUGGAAGCCAGCAUGUCAUCAGUGCAAGAGGCAUCCUCAGUUCUGGAAGACCUAAAGAGACUGAUUGUAACAAGUGACUGGUCUCUUGGAGGGCUAGUGGUGAUCAGCACCUUCUGUCUUGUUUUUGUUGUUCUCCUCUUAUUUGCUGCCAUCUUUGGGUGCUGUUCAUCUCCAAGGCACAAACAGAGUGGUGCAUAAACAGUGAAGCUGAGACACAGUACUUUGAGCCCUGCAGCUAAGCAAGAAUCAGCCCAGCUACAACCUGACUGUGGUGUUCAUAGAAAGCUUUCUCAUCUUCUCUCCCUGGGUGGUUAUUUCUCCCCAUGAAACUUCCCUGCAUCAAGAGCAAUGCACCAAUGCCAACAAGUUGUUCUGCAAGUCCACAGCAAACUCAAUACGUAAGGUUAUUUGUAUUCAGGAACUGCAUGACUAGCCAAAUACCAAAGUCAACUCAUCUCUGCCCGAUUUUCAUCUUUUCAAACCACUGGUUAAGGGUGGCAAAUGGUCAAUCACCACCUAAAACUGAUAAAGAUGUCUUCCACUGCUGCAGUUACAUGGGUUUUUUUCCAUCUUGCAAAUGGGCAAGAGGAAACUCUGACCAGCAAAAUCUUUGUCUAAAUCCACUCUCUAAAAGCAGCUUAUACCAUUGUUCUCCUGUCUUACUCGAACAAUAGCCUAAAUAUACUAUGCAAAAACGUGCUUUGCCAAUAUACAAGUCUCUCUUUAUUUGUUCUUAUUUAGAACCUUGCAAGGUCAGAGUUUCAGGCUUGCUUUCACUGUUUGGAUAGCAAAUAGAACUGUAUUAAUUCAAAAUGUAAAAAAGAAAUGCAACUUGGUGUUCCUUUACAUAGCAUCUUAGUCUCCUGUACUGUUAUGAGCAGGGAAGCCAGUCAGUGGUGCUGCAAUAUGUGACUCUGGGAUGCAUAUGGCAUGUUAUACAGUAGGAAGAAUGUACCAAGCUGGGGGAGGAAAGAAAAAGUACGGGAGACGUUAUUUCUAAUUAGGUCAGUGAUAUUCCCUUACAGAAAUCUCUCUUUUAUGUACCCAGUGAAAUCCUAUUUCCAUUACUAUUCAUCUGAGCAAAGGAGAAUGUUCUCUGUCUGUCCUUGCUUGGUUAUUGUGUCACUGGUGCAGUGCAACUCUAGAGAAGGUCCUCAUUUCAGAUAGCAGUCAGGCUCUUUACAGCAUGCAUGAAGUGGGAGAUGCUGUAAGAUGGUUACAUGGAGCCCAACUUAUACCCUUACAGGGACACCAUCCUGGAAUGUCCUGCGACUACUUCUGGCUUGUGCAAGGUUAGUUCAGUGAUCCCAGUGCAGUUUUCAUGGCACUAGUGUCCAUUCCAAAAAAUGACUGUCACGACUAACUCUACUGAUAACCAGCUUAGGAAUCAAGGAGUAGUAGAUACUAAGACAGGGUUUCCUGAGGUUAGCAUGUGACCAGAUAGAUACAGCUGCCUCUCAGAUUAUACAAAACCCAGACACAAACAGCCAUCUGGUCACUCUUGCUGUGAGCUGGUAACACGCACCAGAAGGAGCUGAUCUGCCUAGCCAAGUAAGCGAAUCAAACUCUUAUAGCAAGAAGCUUCCUACUAGCUACUUCCCAGAAUCACCUUGACUUUGGGCAAAGAAGUGCUCCUCCAGGUGCCCCAGGACUCAAUGUUGUGCCAUACUUCAAUACAAGCAAGGCUUUCCCAGAGCAACCCUAUAAAAACAGGAUUUGUUUAUCAAACAUGACCACAAGGAGAGAACAUGCUCACCAAGGCAUCAGAAAAGAAGCAUAUGUUGCAUUCACACUGGAGAAAUUGCCCUAGACACAGGUGUGAAAAAUGAAACAAAAUCCACACUUGAAAGCAAGACAUAUGUUGACCAUUUGCAGUUAGUGAACACAUACUACUCCCUUACUGGCAAAAUUAUAGCUUGAUGUCUUAUCCAGCAUAGAAUAGCAAUUAGUACAGUUACAGCUUACAAGUUAUAAACUAAACCUGAACAAUG